AUGGCCGCGCCCGUGUCACCUUCCAACUCUGCGUCUGGCUCCCUCCCCAACGAUGCUUCGCCCGUACCCGCCAGUCCGCGGAAGAGCGUGCGUCUGGCGUCCGUAGGGUCCGUCCGUGCCUACCUCGCUGCACUAGGGAAGAAAUUAGAGGACGCAGGUCGCUGGCUGACACUAGAGGCCGCCAACGGACUUAGCAUCCCCUACUUGGGUUAUGUGAUCCUUCCCAUCAUAAUAGAGUUUGCAGACUCUGAAGGGGCCAUCGGAUACGUGAGAACGAUCAACCGCAACCCCAUCCUGAUCCCUGCCCGGAGUGAGGUUUUGCUGUCUGGUUGGACCAAAGGAGGAAUCGACGGGAAGGACUAUCAGUGCUUGGUGGAACCACUGGAGUGCAAAUGCAGUAAGAAACAAAAAGAGCGCUUGCAGGCCCUCCUCCACAAACACAGAGCCACCUUCGCAUCCAGUGAUGAAGACUAUGGACUGACAACGACGGUGCAGCAUGUAAUUCCAACGGCAGAUGCACCUCCCAUCAGAGAACGCUACCGCCAGAUACCACCGCAAAUGUACCAAGAGGUGAAGGCCUUGAUCCAAGGUAUGUUGGACUCUGAGAUCAUUCUGCCCAGCACCAACAAGAAAGUGGCCUUGAAAAGGUUGUGCAUGGAAACCAGUUACUUCCUGUGCCUGGACCAACAGAAGAACCAGAUGACCAUCACCGGGUGCCAACAAUCCAGCAGGGGGGCCCCCAGCGCCACAGUCAUCCUCCAUGGACUGGGUUUUGGGUCCCUACCAGUUUGGAGUCUGAAGAAAAUCCUCAUGCUGUAA